GCGUCCAUUUGGCGACGACCUCCGGAACACAACAAAUGGGGCAUUUCUCAGGGUUCCUUUUGCAGUCAUUAGGGUUUUAUCAAAAUCUAUUUCAAUUUGAAAACAAAAUAUUUCCGACCAAUUUUGCCUUUCGAUUCUUUGGUGGAAUCGAGAAGUAGUUACUCUCUGUUCUUUUGAUUCUAGCAAUGGGGAAGAGGGCAGCCAUUGUUCUAUCAUCAUCAGAUGAUGAUGGUGACUGUAAUGAUAUUGAUUUUUCAGUAAAAUCUAAUUCGACUCAUUUCAAGAAUCCGAAAUCGAAAGCGGCUUCUGUUCCUCGAACUAACCCUAAGAGAUCAAAGAAAAGUCGGAUUUCGAGUUCGAGUUCGAGUUCGCGUUCUCGCCCGGGCAAAAAUGUCAAUCCUUUUGACGAGAUGAAACUGUUCUGUGAGAAUUUCGGUGAAGGUUUUACUGGGUUCAAGGUAUCUGCUGGCUAUAGAAGAGACAACAAAGAAUUAUGGUUAGACAAAUAUAGGCCUUGCUCUUUGGUGGAACUCUCUGUUCAUAAAAAGAAGGUUGAGGAGGUUAAAGUUUGGUUUGAAGAAAGAAUCAAUGUCAGAAAGGAUGAAUAUUGUAAUCACGUUCUUCUCAUUACUGGACAGCCAGGAGUUGGAAAAUCUGCAACAGUUCAUGCAAUUGCCUCCCAUCUUGGAGCAACAAUAUAUGAAUGGAACACACCUACUCCCACUAUAUGGCAAGAACAUGUCCAUACCACCAAUGCAGGCUUGCGCUACUUGUCAAAGUUGGAUGAGUUUGAGAAUUUUGUUGAGAGGAUAAGGAAAUAUGGAUUGAUUUCCUCAUCUUUGACGGGGGAAGUGCAAAAACCAUUUAUCAUCUUAAUUGAUGAUCUUCCAGUAAUAAAUGGAAAAUUGUCUUAUGGUAGACUACAGCGCUGUUUGCAUCUUCUUGUGCAAUCUGUUCGUAUUCCAACUGUCAUAUUGAUCACAGACUAUGGUAGAGCAGACACCGCUGAUUACGCAUCACGAUGCUGGGAAGAACUUCAGACGUCUCUUCAAAGAGCUGGGGCUUGUAAGGUGGCUUUCAAUCCAAUCACAGGGAACUCUAUUGUGAAGACGCUUUCCAAAAUUUGCAGAGAAGAAAAGCUUAAAAUAACAGCUGACCAGAUUGAUGUAAUAGCUAAAGCCAGUGGAGGUGAUAUCAGACAUGCAAUCACAUCUUUGCAGUAUUUCAAUCUGAAAUCAGAUUUGAAGUCUACUUCCAAGGACACUACUUACUCAGGAAAGGGAUUCCACAAAACUGAUCAUUUGGAUGAUGGGUAUUCUUUACCGUUUGGCAGGGAUGAAACUCUCUCCUUGUUCCAUGCCCUGGGAAAAUUUCUUCACAACAAAAGAGAUUCAGAGCAUUUGACUGCAUCUGAUAUGGAUUCUGUCUUUUUAAAGGAGGACUUUACAAGAUUACCCAUGAAAAUGGAUGCACCAGAAAGGGUACUUGGUCAAGCACAUGGGCAAGCAAGGCCUAUUGCUGAUUUCUUACAGGAAAAUGUUCUAGAUUUUCUGCAUGAGGAAGCUAUGGAUGAUGCAUGGAUUGUGGCUUCUUAUCUCAGUGAUGCUGACACACUUCUUACAUCACUUACCGGAGUGCUAUCUAGAAAUUAUGAGGCUGAGAACAUUAUUCAAUCAACUGCUGCAUCGGUUGCAGUACGUGGGGUGAUGUUUGGCAAUCGUCACCCUCUAUCUUCAAGGUGGCAUGCCAUUCGUCGUCCACUGCUGUGGCAGAUUGAGCAAUCACUAUGGCGCAACAAGAAGGAGAUGGUUGGGGAAAGAUCUGUUGCUGCUUAUAAUUGUGUUAAUUUAUCUGAACUUUCGACCAUUGCAACCGAGUGGAGACCUGCUCUUAAGUGGCUGGGCUCAAGAGCUUCUGAACACAACAGCCCAGACGAAAGCUCGAUUGGUGGCGAAAUGGUUGAUAACGACUGGAAUUUUGAUGAUGAAGACGAUGAAAUAGAAGAUUGGUAGAUUUCAUAAGGGAAUUGAAGCUAGCUUGGUUUAGUUUCUGUAAAUGGUGUAAAUUAGCGUCAGGCGAUGAUGAUCGGAUUUUUGGAACUCGAUCUGUUGGUUCAUCGAAUCAAUGUUGGUGUUAUUACUUUUUUGAAGCUAGUUGCAUCGUGCGGUUUUGGUAUUUCAUGCAAGAUUUGAAUGAUUGUUGUUGAAAAUGUGUACAUCUUCGAUAGAUUUUCUAGAAUGGAGGUUUUGGAGAUUUUUACUGCAAUAGAUUCUCUAAAA